UUCCAGAUGGCGCAGAGAGGCACCUCUGACUCAGCGGGAAAGAAUUAGGGAUGAGAGCGGAGCAGGUCGGAGCGGCCGGGGGCCGGCUUCUCCCCCGGGCCCGCCGGCGCCGGCGGGGUUAACUGGGAAGCUGCCAAGCCGGACUGUUGGAUGGGCGUCAAACGGGGCUCCGGCCCGCGCCGAGGGGAAGGCCACAGAGCCAGACGCAGGGCCGUCCGGCCAGACAUUCCCGCCUCUGCUCCCGCUCCGGCUCCCUCGGCCAGGAUGACCGACAGGACAGGGCCCCUGCUGCUGGCAGCCCUGCUGCUGCGCUGGGCGGCGUUGGGCGUGGAGCCGGGAGGCGAGGCGGGCGAGGAGGCCGAGGCGGGGCGGUGCCCGGGGCCCUGCGCCUGCAGCUACGAGGACGACUACGGCGAGGAGCUGAGCGUCUUCUGCAGCGCCCGCAACCUGAGCCGCCCGCCGGAGGGGGUGCCCGGCCAGGCCCGGGCCCUGUGGCUGGACGGCAACAACCUGACGGCCCUGCCGGCCGCGGCCUUCGGGAACCUGUCGGGCCUGGACUUCCUCAACCUGCAGGGCAGCCAGCUGGGCCGGCUGGAGGCCCAGGCCUUCCGCGGGCUGGCCCGCCUGGCCCACCUGCACCUGGAGCGCAACCGGCUGCGGGGGCUGGCCCCCGGCACCUUCCUGCACACCCCGAACCUGGCCAGCCUCAGCCUGGCCAACAACCGGCUGGGCCAGCUGGACGGGACGCCCUUCGCGGGGCUCUGCCAGCUCGGGGAGCUGAACCUGGGCUGGAACGCCCUGGCCGUCCUCCCGGACGCCGUCUUCCGGGGCCUGCCCCGCCUGCGGGAGCUGGUCCUGGCGGGCAACCGGCUGGCCUACCUGCAGCCGCCGCUCUUCGCCGGGCUGGGCGAGCUGCAGGAGCUGGACCUGAGCGCCAACGCCCUGCGCAGCGUCAAGGCCCACGUGUUCGCCGGCCUGCCGCGCCUGCAGAAGCUCUUCCUGCGCGGCAACCAGCUGAGCGCCGUGGCCCCGCGGGCCUUCCUGGGCCUGCGGGCCCUGCGCUGGCUGGACCUGUCGCACAACCGGCUGGCCGUCCUCUUCGAGGACACCUUCCUGGGCCUGCCCAGCCUGCACGUCCUGCGCCUGUCGGCCAACGUCAUCGCCGGCCUGCGGCCCCGGGCCUUCCGGGACCUGCCCCACCUGGAGGAGCUGCAGCUGGCCGGCAACCGGCUGGGGGCCCUGGCCGCGGGGGCCUUCGAGGGCCUGGCCCGCCUGGAGGUCCUGGCCCUCAACGACAACCGCAUCCGCGAGGUGGGGCCGGGGGCCUUCGCCGGCCUGGCCCGCCUGGCCGUGGUCAACCUGUCCGGGAACUGCCUGGCCGCCCUGCCGGCCCAGGCCUUCCGGGGCCUGGCCGCCCUGCACAGCCUGCACCUGGAGCGGGCCUGCCUGGGCCGCGUCCCCGCGGGGGCCUUCGCCGGCCUGGCCGCCCUGCGCCGUCUCUCCCUGGGCCACAACGGCAUCGCGGCCAUCGAGGAGCAGGGCCUGCGCGACCUGGCCGGCCUCCUGGAGCUGGACCUGACCGGCAACCGGCUGACCCGCCUCCCCGCCCGGGCUUUCCGCGACCUGGCCCGCCUCGAGUACCUGCUCCUGGCCGGCAACCAGCUGGCCGACCUGGCCCCCGAGGCCCUGCUCCCGCUGCGCCGCCUCUCCUGGCUCGACCUGGCCCACAACCGCCUGGGGGCCGUGGCCGCCGGCCUCUUCGCCCCGCUGCCCGCCCUGCGCUUCCUCAGCCUGCGCAACAACUCUCUGCGGGCCUUCGCCCCCGCCCGCCAGGCCCCCGCCGGCCUGCGCCAGCUCUGGCUGGCCGGCAACCUUUGGGACUGUGGCUGCGGCCUGCGCGAGCUGCGCGACUUCGCCCUCAGCAACCCCGGCGUGGUGCCCCGCUCCGUCCGGCAGGAGCCCGCCGACGACCGCCAGCCCCCGGCCUUCGCCCACAACAACAUCACCUGCGCCGGGCCCCCGGACGUGGCCGGCCUGGACCUGCGCGAGCUGGGCGACGACCGCUUCGCUCACUGUUGAGCCCGGCCCGGGCGGGGGGCGUCCCCCCGGCCCCGGGAGGGUCGCCCCCGAGACCCGGAACCCGUGAACGCCCGCGCCGGCUGGAGCGGGGGCGGCC